CUAUAUAAUGCCUGCCCUGCCCUGGGAGACUGAUGUGAGUUCUUCUCUCCGUCUGGAAUUGGAUUGUGCCUGUUUGGAACGAAAGGGCCGGCUGUGACUUCCCACUGCUGCGAGAGCCUGGCUGUCGGAUAUCUGAGGUGGGAUGGAGCAGCCCUGUGAUCCCAGGCCACCUGACAACACCUCCUUCUAUCAGCCUUCCUCCUUCCUCCUGACGGGCUUUCCGGGGCUGGAAGCCAACCACCACUGGAUCUCCAUCCCCUUCUGCGCCUUCUAUCUCAUCGCCCUGUCAGGGAACUGCCUGAUCCUGCUCAUCAUUAAGAAGACCCAAAGUCUUCAUAAGCCGACGUAUUACUUCCUUUCCAUGCUGGCCGUCAUGGACCUGGGCCUGGCUCUGUCGACCCUUCCUACCACGCUGGGCAUCUUAUGGUUUAAUCACCGAAAAAUCGAGUUUGAUGCAUGUCUCGCCCAGAUGUAUUUUAUCCAUAUCCUGUCCAUGAUGGAAUCCUCCGUGCUUCUGGCCAUGGCCUUCGAUCGUUACAUUGCAAUCUCCAACCCUCUGAGAUAUACGUCCAUCUUGACCAAGCCGACCAUUGUUAAAAUAGGACUGGCCAUUGUUUUGAGAGCUGUGGUCUCUCUUUUCCCAAUACCCUUUCUGCUCAAGAGGUUAACCUACGGUGGGAGAAAUGAGCUCUCCCACUCCUUUUGCUUUCACCCCGAUAUCAUGAAGCUGGCAUGUGCCGAUAUAAGGGUCAACAUCCUGUACGGCUUAAUUGUCAUUCUGUCAACGGUGGGCGUGGAUUUCGUGUUCAUCGUGCUAUCUUACGUUCUGAUCCUUAAGACUGUGAUCAGUCUCACCACCCAGGAAAAAUGCCUCAAGGCAUUGAACACAUGUGUCUCCCAUAUCUGCACCGUCCUCAUCUUCUUCAUCCCAAUGAUUGGGCUGUCCAUUAUCCAUCGCUUUGGUAACAACGUUCCUGCCAUGGUUAACAUUGUGGUGGGCUAUGUCUACCUGAUUGUGCCCCCUGUCUUAAACCCGAUCAUAUACAGCGUCAAAUCCAAACAGAUCCGCAAAGCCAUGCUAAGAACAUUGGGGUGGAAAAACAAUCCAAUGUGACAGACUUUCACCAUCACAUUUCCUGGAAAAUUCAGGUGAAUUGCUUCAUCAAGCUAAAUUAAAGGGGGACCCAUGGGCCUGGCCAGAAGACACAAAUGGGAAUUCCACUUGGAUGUUGUAUCCCAGCUAAAUGUUCAGUUCUUCCAUUUCUUCAUAUCAACACACCCCUUCCCCUGCCAAC